CGUCAGUCAGUGACGAUCCGACGGUGUGGAUAACGGAUCGAUUAUCAAUAUGAGGAACAUUGGAGGUGGGCCGAUUUAAAUUCGUUUGAAUCGUUUAUAUAAGCGAGAGGUCAUGCCGUCCAGCCGACGAUUACGGGUGACUUAGUGGGUCCCCUGACCUUUUAUACACACACCUCUGCUCGCUACACCCCAAUCUCUCUCUCUCUCCUCAUUUGCUCUCCUAGUCGCUCUUGCUUUCUCGUCUGCGUGUGUAAGGGUGCGAAACUUUUUCUCCGUUUCCUCUCAUGGCGUCCGCUCGAGAGGGACACUAUCGGGGGGUACGCAAGAGGCCAUGGGGUCGCUACGCCGCUGAGAUACGUGAUCCCUGGAAGAAGACAAGGGUUUGGUUGGGUACAUUUGACACUCCGGAAGAAGCUGCGCUCGCCUAUGACGGCGCCGCUCGCAACCUCCGUGGAGCCAAGGCGAAGACCAACUUCCCAGCUCCGGUCACCACCGGUCUCCCCCUAGACCUUAACCUCCCCUCAACCGGCCACUGGAACUCCCACUCCGGCCGUCUCGUACUCGGUGAGUUCUUACAGACCGGCGUUCUCAAAGAUAUGAGCUGUGGCUCCCAGUCCGAGUCUUCGUCAUCACCACAUAAGCGAGAAGGUCCGGUUGCUGUCUCUUCUGGCGUGUCCCACGUGCAGGGGAGUCCGGCAACGGCGUCGUUUCUGGGGCUCGUGCGCCGCGGGUUACCUGUUGAUCUGAACGAGCCUCCUCCGUUGUGGCUUUGAAUGUGUAUGCAUGAGAGCUGUCUACCCUUUUUUUAGGGGGUCGUUUUGCGUCUCUGAUCACUUAAAAUCUCCCUGUUUUAUUCCUUCUGUUUUCCCAUUCUAUGGCUUAGUGCCUAGCUAGUUUCAUUUUUCUCUCUGUUUUGAGACUAAUCGGGAGGGAGUAACCGGGAAAAAAUCAUUAAGAAAUGAAAACCAUAUGUAAAUACUAGUAUGUUUUUGGUUUUUGUUUCCAUGAAACAAGACAGUUCCACUUUAUAAUGGUUUCAAUUUGUCCA